AUGAGCCAACUUCAAAACAUUGCCUUAAACACUGAACAACAAUUCACCAAUAAACAUAACAUCAAUAAUCAUACCAACCAAUCACAAGAUAUUAGAAUCAUGCCUAAAAUGUAUGGUUUAUCAAACCCAUCAACAUCAAUCUUAAGUGAUGAAGAAACUAUUAUUGAAUCAGAUGAAGAACCAACAAUUCUUAAUAAUUCUUUAAUUGAACAUAAACCAAUCCCAAAGAUUUUACCAGAUGAUACAACAAAAUAUUCUGAGUCAUCAACCGAAGAUUUAUUUAAUCAACAAUUUCAAGCAUUAUCAAAAAUCAGAGCUAAAUUACCAAAACUAAAUUUAAGAUUAGUUAGACAACCUAGAUAUCAAUAUUAUAGACCAAAAUUAUAUUAUAAUAUUUGGGAUCAAUAUAUUGAACAUCAUGAAGAUUAUUAUGAUGAAGAAUUAGGUUGUAUUGUUUUUGUUAUACCUGAUCGAAUUUUUGAAAGUGGGUUUGGUAGAAUUAGUUAUAUUAAUUUAGCUGAUGAUUGA